CCCUGCAGCACCUUGUACUGCGCCGACAGGUUUGCCGGGAAGACGCGGGCGUGGGUGAUGUCCUACCCCUGGGUCGCCUACUGCGCGCCCUACCUGAGCGGCAUGACCCAGGACAAGUGCGGCAAGCUGCUGCGCAUGACCAACAACCGCACCGGCGCCAGGACCGUCGUCCGCAUGGUGGACAUGUGCGGGCACAGCGCCAUCGACGCCGACCAGCAGAGCGCCUUCAUCCCGCUGGACACCGACCGCCAGGGCUACUUCGACGGCGACCUGAGUGUGACGCUGGAGCUGGUGGCCUGCUGA